CCAUCCCCUUCUCCCGGUGCUCCCCAUCCAUCCCCUUCUCCCGGCGCUCCCCAUCCGUCCCCACCUCCCAUUUCCCCCCCAGAACGACCCUUCCCGGCCCGUGCCAUGUCGGCGCUCUUCUCCGGGAAGGUGCUGCGGGCGAACCGCGAGCGUGACGAGCUGGACACGGAGCGGGAGCUGCGCGGGGCUCUGGACAACAAGGUGCUGCUGCUCUACUUCGGCUCGGGGCAGUGCCCGCGCUGCCAGCGCUUCUCGCCGCUGCUCAGGGACUUCUUCCAGCGCCUCACCGACGAGUUCUACGUGGAGCGCUCCUCGCAGCUCGGGCUGGUCUACGUGUCCCGCGACGAGACGGAGGAGCAGCAGAGCGCCUUCCUGCGCUCCAUGCCCCGCCGCUGGCUCGCGCUGCCCUUCGGGGACACCUUCGCCAGGGAGCUGGAGCUGCGCGCCGUCUCGGAGGUGCCGGCCGUGGUGGUGCUGAAGCCCAGCGGGGACGUCCUGGUGGCCAACGCCGUGGAGGAGAUCCAGAGGAUGGGGCCCAGCUGCUUCCAGAACUGGCGGGAGGCCGCCGAGAUCCUGGACAGGAAUUUCCGCCUGGCCGAGGAUUUCGACAAAAGCGCCCGCAGGAGCUUCACCCACCCCCUGCGCCGCCUCAAGUACAAGCUGGACAAGGAGCAGGAGCAGGACCAGGACAGGGACAGGGACAAGGACAGGGAAGAGGGGGAGGAAGAGCCUUAACAGCUCCAGCAGCUCCGUGGGAUCCACGGGAUGACCCCACCGGGAACGUCCCUCCGGUCGCCGCCAACCCCCAAAUCUCCAGAACCGGUUCGAACGUAGAAAUCCACCUAAAAACUCCUUAAUUGCCCCAAAACCAUCCUCUAGGAAUUAUCUCAUGGCAAAAUUCCACUCCCACAUCCGGCUUUUCCCGCCUGGAAAGUCGUGGUAAUUGAGAUAUUCCCACCCGGAAUGCCGCCGUAUUUCCUGAUGUCGUCUCGGGAUCUGGCGCCGGAAUAAUCUUGCCGGGGAACCUCAGGCAUUUCUUCACCAAAAUUGGGGUUAAAAGUAACGGGUUUGGGGUUUAUUUACCAGGAAAGGGAGGAGAAAAGUGAUUCCCGGGGGCCAGAAUUCAGGGAAUGACCAUAAACAGCUCAAAAACUGGGAAUUGCAUUAAAAAUGCCCAAGGGAGGCGGAGAAGGGAGGGAGAACCGAUGGCCAAUGGGAAGGGAAUCCCAAGGAUGGGUCAAUGCAGGGGGUUUUUUUUUGGGAUACACGUGCAAUUCCAGAGAAAUUCCCAUGUUUGUGCUGUAAAAACAGCGAAAAUUGGCAUUUUGGAUGAAUCCUGAGUUGCUCCGUGAUGGGAAUUCCAACGUGCAGGGAAUUCUGUGGCUGGAAUAUUCCUGGAAAAUCAACCCUUUGGAUGCUCGAGGGAGCAGGAAAAGGCUCCCAAAAUCCCGUGGAGGUGGCAAAGCCUCUGGAGGAGCGGUCGGUGCUCACCCGUGGAUGAUAUUCCUACCGUAUCUGGCAGCGGGAAAACCCGGAUUUAGGGAAAAAUGAAGUUCUGAAUCCCAAACGAAGAGGCUGGAGGAGUGGGAGGGGUGGGAAUGGGAGAAACGAGAAGAAUAAUUGGAUUUAAUCGGCAUUAAUUAGCAGCUGGGGUGUCGAUUGGGCUGCUCGUCCCCGGGGAGUUGGGAAUUUAAAAUGUAAAUAAUUAGAGGAGAAUAAAUAAAAGCAGAAGGAAGGGAUGAUAAAGGAAGGGGCAAUAAAAGGACAAGCAAUAAAAGAAGAAUAAAUAAAAGGACAAUAAAAGGUCAAUAAAUAAAAGGACAAUAAAAGGUCAGUCAGAGGACAAUAAAGGUCAAUAAAAGGACAAUAAAUAAAAGGACAAUAAAAGGUCAAUCAGAGGACAAUAAAGGUCAAUAAAAGCACUACAAAGGUCAAUAAAUAAAGAGCAAUAAAAGACAAUAAAAGGAUAAUAAAAGGAUAAUAAAUGAACAACAAGAGGACUGUAAAGGUUAAUAAAUAAUGGACAACCCAAGACAAUAAAGGACAAUGAAGGUCAAUAAAUAAAGAACAAUAAAAGACAAUAAAAGGACAAUACAAGGACAAUAAAAGGGCAAUGAAAAGACAAUAGAAGGACAAUAAAAUGACACUUUCCACCUGAAAAAAUGCAAAUUCAACAACAUUAAAUAUGGAUUUUA